GACAACAGCCCACACCCCUCAAACUUGCCUUUACUCAGGAUUCAACCAAAGAGACUCUCCACACAACGGAGCCGUCUCUCUGCGAACAAAACAUUCAACUCGAGUCGCAGUCAAUCGAAGGGACUCAGUUUGGAUACAAGUGGUUAUGGUCUUGGGGACAUGAUCACUUGCGAGAGCCCUACUGAAGCCACUUCUCCGGCCUUCGA